UCUGCGGACUUAUAUUUCAGUAAUAUACAGUGCUCUUCACACAAUAAUGAUAGUUUCUUUCACUCCUAUCCGUUCUGGAUCAAAGUGUAUUCCACAUAAAAAUGUUCGUUUACUAAAUGGUAAACCUCUUUUUCAUUAUGUCACUUUAGAGGCACUAAAAGUCUCUUCUUUGGAUGAGGUAUGGAUUUCAACAGAUUGCGAACAGUAUGCAGUAUUGGCGCCUCCAGGAGUACAAGUACACAGGCGGUCAGAAGCAUCGUCUUCAGACAAAUCACUACUGGCAGAUGUAGUUAUGGAAUUUAUUAAAGCUUGUACGAAUAUUACUACAAUUGUCAUUCUUCAAGCGACUUCGCCAACAACUAAGUCCCAAGACAUAGAAGAAGCUCUGCAGCAUAGCGCGUCUGGCAAAGGCUGCGUUAGUGUUCAGCCUGCGCAUGUGUAUCUAUAUCACGACAACAAACCGUUAUGGACAGCGAGAACGCCACGACAAGACUCAAAGACAUUUGCGGAAGAUGGGAGUAUAUAUGUUAUUCAUGUAGCCGAUUUUCUAAAAACUAAAACAAUCCCGACAUUUCCCUGUCAUAACAUGAUUAUUCAGCAUCCGGUGUGUGAUAUUGAUACAGAGGAAGACUUCAAACGCGCCGAAGCAUUGCUUUAUCGACCAUAUCCUGACAUGAUAGAUACUGAUGGUAUCAAAUGCAUUGAUUCAUAUCUUAAUUUGUGUGAGUCUCUGCAGAUUUCAACAAGAAAACAAAAGCGGACAAUGAUCAUCGCUGAAAUUGGAUAUAAUCAUCAGGGUAAUAUCAAAACUGCCAAAGAACUUAUCCGUAGGUGUAAAGAUAGCGGUGUAGAUGUAGUUAAACUUCAAAAACAAGAUUUAGGUCUAGACGGACGUUUUACACCAGCGGCCUUGCAAAGGCCGUAUUUAUCAAAAAAUUCUUUUGGUGAAACCUAUGGCGACCACCGCAGAAGUUUGGAAUUAUCUAAGGAAGAUUUUAAAGCCCUGCAGAGUUAUUCAAAAGAAAUUGGAAUUGCAUUCGCCGCCAGUGCGUAUGAUAUGCCAUCGUUUGACUUUUUAGAAUUGCUCAAUGUUCCUUUCUAUAAAAUAGCAUCUGGUGAUAUUGGUAAUCUGAAACUUAUUGAACAUGUUGCAAAAAAGGGUAAGCCAGUGAUAUUGUCCACAGGGAUGGCGGAUAUGACGACAGUAGCCAAAAGUGUUAUGGCUGUGUUAAAACAUAAUAAUAACCUAACACUGCUACAAUGUACAUCAAGUUACCCAGUACCUGAUGACGAGGUCCAGUUGAAUGUCAUUCGUACUUAUCAACAGGUAUUUCCAAAAAUAAAAAUUGGGUUUUCAGGCCACGAUCAAGGAACACCAUUGACCCUUGCUGCUGUUGCAUUGGGGUGUAAAGUUGUUGAAAGACACGUAACACUAGAUAAACAAAUGAAAGGUUCUGACCACAUUGCAUCUUUAGAUAUGAACGAAUUAGCAACGCUCGUUCGAGAUAUUCGCCGAAUCGAUUCCGCAUUAGGAACUGGCAUCAAGUGCCUGCAACCGUCUGAGCAAACAUUUAUGAACAAACUUGCAAAACGCCUUGUGUAUACCCGUUCAUUUGCAAAGGGGUCUAUUAUUACACCCUGUGAUGUCGUGGCAAAGGUUAAUUUUCAAACUUCUGACGAUGUACCAUUAGUCGACACAGAAUGGGAGGUCCGUGAGCUAGUCACCGAUGUGGUUCAAAAUGAAAACAUGCAAACAAACCAUUUUAGAAGUGUGCCUGAAAUUCGCGAGUAAACUAAAACCUCAAUGCACACUAAAAUUUUAGAAUUUAUGACGCACAAGUGCGUACUAUUUUAAAAAUGACACAUUUGAUUUUCGAAGCAGUCAAAAUUAGGGUGAAGGACUGGGUAAGAAAUUUAGGUUAUGCUUAGGGAAAGGAAUUUGUUUUUAUCAUCAAUCUUUGUUUAUCGAUAUUGUCCAUUCUUUGCGGAUUUUUAACGUUAUGUGUGGACUAACGUAGAAUUAUUACAAUGAGAGUACAGCAUUUAAUAAAAAUCGUAUGGCUGCUUUUGACCGACUUUUCGGACAUUCGACGCAUCGUUUAAAGUAGUUUAGAAAUUAAUUAUAAUGGGCUAUUUUAACAAAAAGUGUCAAGAUGAAAUUACAUGCAUAUGAUUUAAUUGACAUUGGUGUAUUCCGUUAAUUGCUUAUUUUAAAGAUAAAUAAUGGUAUUUCGUAUGUUUAUCGGGAUUAAAUUUUGUUGUUUAUUUUUAUGUUAAUUUCGUAUUGAAAUUGUUUCCAAUUACAAUAGAAAUGUACCAAAGAAAACCUCUAAGGUGGAAAUUCACUCGCGCACCGGUUGAAAGUAAAAUGGCUUCCACGUAUGAAUUGCAUUUAUUGAUACAAACUAAAGUUUUAUUUAAAUACUACAUUAUAUUGAAUUGUUCAUCGGAUUAGUCAAGUUUGUUAAUUGACUCGAUUAAAUGUUCAUGCCAUGAUCAUGUUAAAGACUUGAGGAAGUGCUUUUGCACAUGUUAGAGAGCGCAGGUUCGAAAUUAGGCUAAUAUUCUCGCAGUCAUACAAUGCUAGAAGAUUUUGCACAUUGUGAGUUUGAAUUUAUGUGCAAUCGCUAAACUUCGCAAUUAUAAGGUAAAAACAUUAUAUGCGGAAUGAAGUAACUUUUCCACAGCUGAAUAAAAUCACCACUGACAAGGAAAAAGCUUUUUUUCAUGGCUUUGAUUUCACAUGCAUUGAGUGGAGCCCUUUUCUUUAUUCUUUGGUGGCAAAUAAACUUUUAACUUGUAACUUUUUUCUUAGUUUGCCGGUACAAUUUGCAGACCAGAUUUAUGUCCUGUAUUUUGAAAGAUGUGCCUACCUAUCGGGUAACCGGACGCCUAGCCUACGUUCUAGCUAUUCGGUAAGCGGAAGCCUAACCUGUCCUCUUAAAGGCCAGAGGAAAAGUAUAAAAGCCAGCCAGCCAGAAAAAUGGCCACUUGUUUUGAACUCUCUGAGCUGUCUGCUAGCAGAAACAGAGAAAUCAAAAUGCUAUUUUUUUUUAUUUUCUAAAGACACACUGCAUACUUUUUUCUGAAAUUUGGCAUACUGUUUAUUUAGAACACAAGCAAUAUUAUCUGAAAAUUUUAUUUAAUUCUGACACUUAUAAAUGUGUUAAUCCAAAAAUCCAAAAAUCUUUUACAAAGCAGUUUAAAAAAAUUCAAAUCUGACGUUUGCUUGAGUGACAGGUGAAUAGAGGUUAUGACCUUUCCAGCAGCCAACUAGAUUUCUGUAGGAAUGUAAACUUUCUCACAGCAAUGAGGUCAGCUAAGGUUUUGACAUAUGGCGGGAAGUAAAUACUACAAACUGUCUGUGCCAUACAUAUUUUUUAAAUCGCCUGUCUCUUUGUAAUGCAACAGUUUUUGCUUCAACAUAAAGCGGAUCAAACCAGGCUUUGCGGUGAAGUAGCAUUGUCCAGAAGCGUUUGUACAGUUCCUUACGCAAGCUACUGUUUCUCGCACUGGCAGGGUUAUUUUCAGUUUCCCACCAAAGUUGCCUCAUACUUUCGUCCGUAAUACAUGGCCUACAUAGACAGUAUCUACACUCGUCUUGAGAAUAAUCCUGUUCAAUUUGAAAAUCAGUUACACAAUUGCUGUUUUCCUCAUUAUGAAGCGAUUCAUUUUCUACACAUGUUUUGAGUUGAAAUUCUGUAUUACUGGUGCAACCAUUCUGCCUUUGAAUUUCCUUAUAUUCCCACUCAUAAUGAUUGAAUAAUUGAUUUACUGUCUCUAAUUGGGUUGGUAAUAAUUCAAGAGUUACUCUGAUUCUUUCCUCAGACAUAAUAAUUUAAUAUCAAGUCACACAUAUUAUGUUAUAUUAAUAAAUCCAAUACUGCAAUUAGAAAUGAUUUUAUUUUUUCUUGUAAACCUGUAGAUCUGAAAUAAAUUACAAACUUCCUAAUCCUAACAACUCAAUGUAUAACACUUCUUUAUAAAUGGCACUCAACAUCUGUAUCAGAUUUGCAACAUAGACAAAAUUGCAUAAUGUACUGGUACUUUAUGGUCAGCAUGUGGUCAAGAAAUGCUGAAGGGAUAAAGAUCAAGAUAGGCAUUGGAAUAGUCAAAUAUUAUGUUCAUGCAGGUAAAGUAGGUAUUAAAACUUGAAUGAAAGUCACUGUGACAUCUUAUUAUAUGCAUGUAAUAACAAAGUUUUGUGUAAUAGCAGCACAAUGAAGUACAAUAUAACGUAUGUAAGAUGUUUUUUUUUUUUAUUAUUAUAACAACCAAUUAAAGGGAUAACUGGGCUGUUACAUUAACCUUUAAUACCCCUGUAAAGGAUUCCUCCAUUAUUAUUAUACAUUUUGUGUUUAAAUAGAAGCUAAAUUGAAUUCUAAUUGUACAAAAUUACACCUCUUUCCCCAAAGCUUUUAUCUAUGCAGCAGACCAUGUGCUUCUAUUUACUAGAGAGUGAAUGUUUAUAAACUUAUCUGACCCCAGGUCAGUGCUGUAACAGUGUUGUAAAACUCCACCCCUCUAGCCAUAUAGGCUUAAUGGCCAUCCACCUGGAUAUUUGAGUUCACGGACUCCGGCCUUUAAGAUUUUCUAGCAGUCCGGUAAUCAUUUUGUUCAGGAAUAGUGUACUGCAUUAAUUAAUUUGAUCAUUUUUGUUUGCCUAAGAUAUUAACAAUAUUUACCUGUUAACAAAGACUAGGCCAAAUUUAAAUCUUA